CCGGGAUCCUCUUGGAAGGGAAACAAUGGGGCGGAGGGCACUGCGGUAGCCGCCGCCGCGCCGGGACCCGCUCGGCCCCCGGGACUCGCCGCGCUGCCUCCGCCCGCAGCCUCCGCCGACGGGACCGUCCGGAGGUGGUAGCAUUUAGAGGAGGAGGAAGGGAAUCUGAAAGUUUUAUCAUUUGUGCUGCUGAACUGCCUCAUUGCUGAAAAGAAUGGGUAGACCACCUACUUGUGGAUGGACAGGCUGCAUUUCAGAGCUGUGAUUACCAUAAAGGAUCUUGAACCCAGGACUUCAGUUAUAAGACAUGUAUUCCUCUGAGAAACGCUGGACAGCAGAUUUGGGUGCAGUGCCUGAUCGGGGCCACGUACAGAGUUGUCUUCAGUCAUGGUUUCUUGAUCAUUUCCUGUUACUACCCUAAAGUGCACCACUUCAAAUGUGACAGAAGAGGUCAUGAUCACAGAGAAUAUUUUAUGUAAAUGGGUCUUGGAUUCUACACAGCACCAUCGGUCUCCAUUUUGCACAAAUAAUUGACAACGUAGUGUGUUUGUUGCAGAAUGUGUGAGGGACCACCUAACACUCCUUGGUGUGCUUGCAGACUAUAAAGCAGUAAUGGAAUCUUGGAAUAGAUAAGUUUACUCUAUGAGGACUGAAGCUGUUGUUAAUUCCCAAAACCAGACUGGUUAUCUAACAAAGGAUUCGAACCAGGAUGUAGCAGUCAAACUUGCCCAGGAGCGAGCUGAAAUAGUUGCUAAAUAUGACAGAGGACGAGAAGGUGCAGAGAUUGAACCUUGGGAAGAUGCUGAUUACCUUGUUUACAAAGUCACGGAUAGAUUUGGCUUCUUACACGAGGAGGAGCUCCCAUAUCAUAACGCAGCUGUGGAACGGCAAAAGCACCUGGAAAUUGAAAGAACUACUAAAUGGUUGAAAAUGCUGAAAGGAUGGGAAAAAUACAAGAACACUGAAAAGUUUCAUAGGAGAAUUUACAAAGGAAUCCCACUGCAGCUCAGAGGGGAGGUCUGGGCCCUCCUCCUGGAGAUCCCGAAGAUGAAGGAAGAAACCAGAGACCUGUACAGUAAAUUAAAACACAGAGCACGGGGUUGUUCACCUGAUAUCAGACAAAUAGACCUUGAUGUCAACCGCACAUUUCGGGACCAUAUCAUGUUUAGAGACAGAUACGGUGUGAAGCAACAGUCCCUGUUCCACGUGCUUGCUGCAUAUUCUAUUUAUAACACGGAGGUUGGAUACUGUCAGGGGAUGAGUCAAAUCACAGCUUUACUCCUCAUGUAUAUGAAUGAAGAAGACGCCUUCUGGGCCCUGGUCAAACUGUUCUCGGGCCCCAAACAUGCCAUGCAUGGAUUUUUUGUCCAUGGUUUUCCCAAACUCUUGAGGUUUCAAGAACAUCAUGAAAAAAUACUGAAUAAAUUUUUGUCCAAGCUUAAGCAGCACUUGGAUUCUCAAGAAAUCUACACAAGUUUUUACACAAUGAAAUGGUUUUUUCAAUGUUUCCUUGAUAGGACUCCCUUUACACUAAACCUCAGAAUAUGGGACAUCUAUAUCUUCGAAGGAGAAAGAGUUCUUACUGCUAUGUCUUACACAAUCUUAAAAUUACACAGAAAGCAUCUUAUGAAAUUGUCUAUGGAAGAACUUGUAGAAUUUCUUCAGGAGACCUUGGCAAAGGAUUUUUUCUUUGAAGACGACUUUGUAAUAGAGCAGCUGCAGAUUUCUAUGACGGAACUAAAGCGGGCAAAGUUAGACCUUCCAGAACCUGGUAAAGAGGAUGAAUUUCCAAAGAAACCUUUGGGACAGCUUCCCCCGGAGUCUCAGACGGCUGGCGUCAGUCACCUGAGCAACGGGCAGAGAAGUGUGGGCAGGUCCAGCCCGCACCCGGGCGGCAGGAGAGAGAGCGCGUCGCCGCACAAAGCCCACGAGCGGUCCCCGCCCCGGCGGAGCAGGACAGGCACCCCCGAGAGGGUGCGGCCUCUGCGGCGCCCGUCGGUGGACGAGGAGAGUAAGAAGCUUAAGGACGAGGCGGAUCUGCAGAGGAGGCUCCCCUCCGGCCCGCAGGACAGUUCCCGGCAGUAUAACCACGCAGCCGCCAACCAGAACAGCAACGCCACCUCGCAGGGCAGGAAGGAGUUCGUGCCCAAGUGGAACAAGCCGUCCGACGUCUCCGCUGCGGAGAAAGCCGCCAGGUGCGCGGUCGAAGCCCGAGGCUUGGCCGCGCUGCCCCCGCCGAGAGCCACGGGCCUGGGUUCCACCGAUGCUCGGGGCCCCAACGUGAGGCCGAAGAUGAAGGUGCUGGAUGCGGACGAGGGGAAGCGAGGCUCCACCGCCUCGCAGUACGACAACGUGCCCGAGGACGGCGCGGGCGCGGCCGUGGAGGAGGCGCUGGAGCGGGCGCGCGCCCAGAGCCCGCGGAGGCGUGCCGAGCCCAGCCCCAGUCCGUCCAGAGCCCCGAACAAGUUUGCUUUUAAAGUACAGCCUCCGGGUUAUGCAAAGUAUCCAGCCCAGGUCGUCGGGGAGGAUCGCGGGGCAGCGCAGCCCCCAUCCUACAGUAACCCCCCCACUUACCAGGGCAGCUCUCCAAAGCGCAUCCCCGCUGCGAACCGCAGCUUUGGGUCGCCACCGUUUCCCCACGGGCCGCAAAUGAAUCCCUCCCGGAGACCUUACGGUUCUGCUCUCUCAGCCGACGUUUCUCCAGAGAAAUCUUACAGCCGCCCGACUCCUCUGGUCCAGCCGUCCAGUCGAAUAGAAGUUCUCCCUGUUGACAUUGGUGCCGGGGGAUAUUCGGGCAAUUCAGCGUCACCAAAGAGUGGGAAAUUCCUCCUUCCAACAGUAGAUUGUUUGCCAGAUAGCAGAAAAUGGUCGGAAGUUGGUUACACAUUGAGACCGGAGAUGCACGGGCAGUCGUGGACUUGCGAUGCCAACCGUAGCCACUUAAGCAGUUUACCACAAUACCCCGCCUUUCAGCACGGCCUCUAUCAGGACCACACCCUCCCCGCAGUGUCAGUAGACAGUCCGGUGCGGUAUCGAACUUCCCCAGCUGUGGAGGAUGCCGGUUCACCUGGGUAUCAGUAUUCAGGGCCCUCGCCUCCAGCGUAUCACUACAGGAAUCGGGACGGGCUCUCUAUCCAGGAGUCAGUAUUGCUGUGAGAAGUGAUCCGCACUUGCUGCAGAUGGGAGAAUAGAAACCGUAUGAAACCCACAUUGCUAUGUUUAUAAUUGCCAAAGCAGUAUUUUGUACGAUUGUAAACAACUCGCAUACAUCUCCUGUAUGUCGGUAAUGAGAGUAUGUGGAAAUGAUUUCAUCCCCGCCUAGAGUGCUGCUUGAGAUGAGCUUUUAACUUGCAUCAUCACUGAACCCGCUAAAAAGGAUUUCACCUGCAAACAUAGCAGUAACGUUUAGGGAUGCACGCACAGUUGCAUUUAUCUUUCUCCAAAAUCUGAGUAUUUGUACUCUGUUAGCCCAUUCUAUUUUGAGUACUGUUACAAAGCACUGAAAAACUGUAGAGCAGAUAUUUUUAAGGCUAUAUGUAGUGUAUGUGUCUUUUAAAAGAUACUGUAGGCAUCUACACAUACACAUUUGAACACAGAACUAAAGAAAUAUUUUUAAAAAGAAAAAAAAACUACUUUUCACCUAGAUCCAUGGAAUAAUUUCUUCUUCUUCUCCCUUACUUGUCUUUUAGUCAAUUCCACCCCCCACCCCCCCACCCCCGCCUUUAAUUUUUAACCCAGGUCCUAAACUGACUUAAGGGUUUGCCCUGACUUAAUUCAGCAUCUCAUGGAAUGCUCAGCUUUCUCAUUCAACUUCUCAUUCAGUUUUCACUCUGAAGAUUAAAAACAUUGGAGAGAAAGGCUAACCACUUACUGGUGCUUAAAAAUCAGGGCAGGUUAAGUUUAUGGCCAGAGGUGUAGUGCACAAUGCAUCCGUGUGAGAUCAGCUUUCCUGCGUCGGUGCCCUUUGUUCUGGUCUGACUGUGGCAAAGCUCAGAGCAGAGUGUUCCUUGCCAGAUGCCCAGGAAGUGCAUGCACAGCUCUCCAGCAGGUGCCAGCAGGAGAAGUUGCAAGUGACUGACCAUCAAGCACUUGCGCAGGGCAGCAGAACAAACCCCUUUGAAAUUCAUUUGAAAGCAGGAUUAACAAUGCAGUUACUUCUUAGCUCUACCCCUUAAGUUCCUGCACAGCCUCCCUGCAAAGGGCGCAGGGUGGCAUGUACAUGAUCUUUUUCGGGCUGUCUUUCUUUAAAGAAUGUAGUCAAUGGAUAUUGCUGCUCUUAGGCCAUUAAAUUAUCACUGUGUAAAAUUGUAAAAAAUGAUCCCAAUUAUUACCAGGAAUCUCAGAUUUGGGUCUUUUUUUCUUUCUUUCUUUCUUUCUUUCUUUUUUUAAUAGCAUGACUUUCAUACUUUCAAAAAUCUGUUUUUGGUUGUUUGCUUCAGUGAAAAAAAUUCAGGUUCAUGGUAACAAAUCAGCAAUGCCUUUCAAAACAUUCUGUUACACUACAGUGACCGAAAUACUGACCAAGUUUUGGGCACUCCAAAAAAGUAUGCCUUUGGGUUUCCCUGGAGAACUUGUUUUCAACAUUACUUUGCUCCUAUUGGAACAAUAGAGAAUAGAACACCUAACAUCGAUGGUUCUUCUUGUUGCACAUUGGGGCUUUACGCUUUCAAGGUACAGAAGUAUGUCCUUUAAAAUGAGAGUAACAUUUGUUCAGCUAGUGAAUGUGACAAUUUUUUUGUAUAUAAUGAGUCUAAUGUAAUUUUAAUCAGUCUGGUAAUGAUGUUGUUAAAUGGCAAAACAAAGGCAGUGUGUUAGCAGCCAAGCUCUGCACGGAAGCGCCAGUACCACCAGGCUCCUGACUCAGAGCAUGUGGAAGCUUAGAAAUAAGUGUAUAUAAAAAUGUAGCUGGGGAUGUGAAUUCUGAUUUUAAACCAUGAUUCUGUGACUUGUAAUAAACCAAGCUGUACAAUUUAGUUUAUGAUAGCAGCAUCAGAGCUGUUCCAAAAUAUAUAUAUAUCAACAGGGGUAAAUACUGUAGAUUUAUAUAUAUAUAUAUAUAUGCAAAAAGUAUAUACACACACACUAUUUUCUUAUGUCAUCUAUGACAUUUUUUAUCUGUAUACUUUUUUUGAUGUGAUUGUUUUUAACAUGCUAAAUAAGUAUAUUUUGUUUUGUGUCUUUUAUGUGGUUUUUCACAUGGCAUCUCCGAUGUUUCUAAAGCUAGUUCCCUUCUAACUGAGUAGAUAUUGCCCAGUGUUUGCCUGCGUGACUUCAUAUAUAUCACAGUUCUGUGUUACAUGCUUUACUAAUUUCCAGUAGUUCUGUAUUUAGAAACCACAUCACCUGUCCUUUAUUUUAUUUAAUCAGCCAUUGUUAAUAGUAAUAAGAUAUUAUUUUCAGUCUUCCCCCUUUAUAAAAUGUAGCUGUUAGUUUUUCAAGUAGGAAAAUUUAAUUGUUAUUUUGCCACUGUACAGUUUUACUGUUUCAAAUUUAUCUUUUAAUGAAAGAUAAAGAAAUAAUGAUAAAAGAUGAAAUAAUAUUCAUAAAGUGGGUUAAGUAUAUUUAUAAAAAAAAAUUUGGUAAGGAUCUUCAUGGUGUGGAGACUGGUUUUACUCUGCAUGUACAUUUAGAGGUAACUGUUUUGCCACUAUUAAAUCUUCGUAGCACUUUUGCCUGACCCAGUAAGCACGUUGGUAUAGUUAUUAUUUUUUUUAAUAUUUAGUUUGAAAAGUUAAAGAAACUGGACCCAGUGUCUCAAAGGGUUUUAAAACUUCAAUUCUUUCAGGUGCUUAUUUGUUUAUAGGAUUUUAAAAAUAGCUUUGAGAGCUGGGAGACAGCUAUCUUUGUCAAAUCAGGUACCCAGGUAUUACAGGGGAGGAAAAAAAUUCUUUUUCCUUCUGCCCCCUAGGUUCUCCAUCCAGGCCCUGUAAAUUGGACUGACAAAGGACAGACUAAUGGGAGAAAAACAACUGGAAGGUCAUUAACACUUGCGUCCUGCCUUCAGGUGGUAUCAGUGGUGACGAGUGACUCAAAGGGAGGGUUAGACUUGGGGUCUCUGCCCCUUAGUCGAGGCAGAGGGUGGGGGUGAUAAGGGGGAGAAAGGGCACUUUAGAAAAGCAGGUGCCUUUCUGGACAAUAAAUGGGCCCUUAGAAGAGCAGAUGGGAGAUAUGAUCGUUUGUGACGGGGUCUGGGUGGGGCGCCAGAAGAGGAGAUUAUAGAGCUGCCCCAGGAGGGGAUUUGUGACCAUUGUGUGCCUUGGGGAAGCUCUGCUUUUAGGCAGAUAAGGGAUUUCAGGAGCUCAAAUGCCUUCAGCUCAAAAAAUCAUUCUUAUGCCAAAGUGGCCUAUUUUGGGGUGGCAGGUCUUGAUCCCCUUCACCAUCAAUGACAGAAUGUUUCUAGAAAGAAGCAAAAGAGAUUCAGUUAAUGGAACAUUUCCAGAGAAGAAAAAUAGAUGUUUACAGGAUGUGAUGUGAUUGUUUUAACUCUUUCUCAUUUUAAGAAGAUUCUGAUACUAAAUUUUACAUCAUACUCAAUGUCACUUGAACAUGGAGUUUUAUUUUUUUUUUUUUAUUUUUUUUCAGAUCUCUCGGCUCGUUAUACUAUAAGCACAAAAAUGAUGCCUAGUCAGUACUCUGCUAAGGUCUCUUUUCAUUUUCAUGAUUAGAGUAAAACAUUUCAUAUCCACAGAUAGAGAUUUAUUCACAGAGGAUCUACAGCUUAAUCUUAUGGAAAUAUUAUUAAUCCUCAGUUAUCUUUUAGAUUCACGCCUUUGUUUUAGGUGUGAAUACACUAAACUGUGGGUUAACUAAGACUGUGGUUUUGGCAGUGUGUUUCUUUGUUUUAACUGUCCUCUAAUGGAUUUUAAAUUUCAUUUCUAAUAUUGAUAUUAAUACUUAUGGACCAGAUGGUUUUAAUAAGUCAAAUUUUACUUUUAUAAUGACCUUAGGUAUUGAGAAUAGGAAGAAAGGAUUCCAUUUAACAUUUAUUUAUGAAUUGUACUUUCAGAAGGAUUUUCAGUUACCUAUAAAUCUAAGCAUAACUGCCACCUUUUUAUCACUUAGAACCCUGAAAAAUAGAGGAACAAAUAUUAGAUUUCGUAGGGGUGGAUCUUGACCCCUGCUGCUCAGUAGAACUAACUGGGAAAAUUAAAAUUAAAAAAAAAAAAAAUGAUGGUAUAUUCCCACUGUGAGCUGUCUCAAAAAUUCUUAGAGCGGUUUCAGAGUUUAGGAACUCUGAGUUCAGGUUAGUUAAGAAAAUUUCCACUGGAAGGAUAAACAUAACCAACCAUCUCUGUAAAUUCUGAUGAACCAUUGGCAGUUGUGGAAAUUAGCAGUGGCUUCAGCUAAAAGGUGGCCUGACCCUGUACUUUCUCUCAUUACCGCUUACAGUAGUUCUUCCAAAUAGGUAGAGCCUUCGGAGGAUUUUCAUUUUCCUGGGCACCCCCUGUCACUGUCCUUAAGUGACAGGCUAAAAAGAGGCCUAAGCUGUCGGGAAGCGCAAAUGCAUCUUCCCCACGUGAGAAGCCGAGAAGAUGCUGCACAGUCUGGUCAUCCACUUGGGCGGUCAGCACUUUAUUGAGGACCUACAGUGUGCUAGUUGCCUUGGGACUGUGCUAGGUUCACGCUUCAGGAUAGGAGGUGCGUUUUAUGAUCUGUCUCAGUUCAGUGUUGGGGACGUGUACAGGUGACUGUUACAGGCACACAAAGGCCCAGCUCAAGGGGGUCGGGGAGGGCGUGUGGGGA